UAUUUAGUUCGUCCUCCGCGACGUUCCUGCUGCAGUUCAGCAUUUGUCGGUAUUACUCGUCCGUCUUAUAUGUACUCGUUUUCCUGAUGAGUGGGUGCGAAUUAAAUUGAUUGAGCGCGCGCUCAUCACGACGAGAAAUAUAGUUGAACGUGAUUAAAAACAUAUUUUAAUCCUGUAAAAUAAUUUAGUAAUACACUUUCAGCAAGAGACGCCAUGACCCACAAACGGUCCUACAGCUGACACGAUCGAUUUUUCCGCAUCCAAAGCCAUCGCUAGCAACACAUCAUUGUGUACAUAUAUAUAUAUAUAUAUAUAUCAGGCAGAGUGUGCGUGUGCCCCCUUUUGUUUAUUUUUUUGACAAUCGUCUGCCUUUACUACGUCGUUAACCUCGCUGAAAACUUGAAACAGUCUGCUGAGUCUUAUCUGUAACUCGUUUUCCACAGCAGUCUUAGGGCGCACCGUCCUCACCGAAAAUGCCAGCCUGCAAACAAGACGAAACCCUUAGGGCUCUAGCCCUCCUUGAAGACUACCAUGCAAAACUUUCCAGUGUACCUGACAAUGAUCUUCAAGUUGUCAUGCAACUAGUUAUUGGUGUAUUCAAGUCCAGACUGUUUCAGGCCCUCGUUGACAUACAAGAAUUUUAUGAAUUGGCCCUUCAAGAUGAAAGUCAUUCAGUCACAGAUGAAGAUAUAUCUAUUGCACAGAAAUAUAUUAUGGAUCAAUUUGAUGCUAAAGUUGGUUUGAGUGAUCUUAGCUUUCAACCAUUGGAAACAGAAUGUCAUCGAGAUUACAAAAAAAAAGAAUUAGUUGACAUAAGUUGUCAAAUUAAUGGAUUAAGUGGACACAAUGGUAGUCAGUCAUGUGGUGAUGCUACAGAACAAGAAUCUAAUCUUGAAACAGAUGAUGAAACUGAAUAUUGGGAAUAUGAUAAAAUAACAGUUGAACGUCGCUCUGGAGGUCUUGGCUUCAGUAUUGCUGGGGGCGUGGAUUCAGAAUCCUUGGUUCUUGUAACUAGAGUGAGUCCAGAUAUUGGUGCGAGCGGUCUUCGUGCUAACGAUAUUAUUUUAAAAGUGAAUGAUCAAUCAUUAGAACAUGUUCCACAUAGUUUUGCUGUAUCUGCUCUUAAGAAUGCUGGAGAUAUUGUUACCCUACAUGUGAAGAGGCGUAAGAAGGAUGCAUUUGUUGAACCGGAAAAAUCUUAUACAGUUACUGAGAUUGAAUUAGAAAAGGAAGAUGGAGGCUUAGGUUUCACAAUUGCUGGUGGUGUUGGUAAUGUUCACUUGCCAGGAGAUAAUGGAGUUUAUGUUACCAAAAUUUUAGAAGGAGGUGCAGCUCACAAAGAUGGUCGCAUGGAAGUUGGUGAUAAAUUAAUAGCUGUUAAAAAUACACUGAAUGGAAAUGUGGAUUUAGAAAAUGUUACUCAUGAAGAAGCAGUUACUGCACUUAAAGAAACUGGUGAAACUGUAAUACUUGUUAUAGUAAAAGAAUCUCUCAACAUGCGUUAUAUAAAACCAAAAAUUCCAAUUAAAUCAAGUGUUUCAUCAAAAUCAAGCAGUGAAAAAAUAUCAUUAUUGCGUGAAAAAGUUGCAACUAUUCGUAGGUCUGAAGAAGGAUUAGGAUUUAACAUAGUUGGAGGAGAGGAUAAAGAAGGUAUUUUUAUUUCUUACAUUGCUCCUGGUAGCCCAGCAGAUCAAAAUGGCAUUUUAGAACCGGGUGAUCGUAUUUUAAGUGUAAAUGCUAUUGACAUGUUAAAUGCUACACAUGAUGAUGCGGCAAUUGCUUUAAAAGGAGAUGGACCAAUUGUCACAAUUGUGGCUCAGCAACGGCCAGAAGAAUACCAUAAACUUCAAAUUAAAUUAGCUGAGCUAAAAGAACAAAUUAUGAAAAAAGCUAUGAUGUCCUCAAAUACUUUACCAAAACCUUCUCAAAAACUACAGUUGUUUGUCAGGGCUUUAUUUGAUUAUGAUCCAAAUCGUGAUGAUGGCCUUCCAAGUCGUGGUAUAUCAUUUACAUAUGGUAGUAUAUUGCAUAUACUUAAUGCCAAUGAUGAUGAAUGGUGGCAAGCUAAGAAAUUAGUUCCAGCUGGUGAAGAAGAUCGUAUUGGUAUUGUACCCUCCAAAAAGCGAUGGGAACGAAAACAAAAGUCAAGAGAUCGUACGGUUAAAUUCCAAGGACAUGUUCCUGUUCUUAUUGAUAAAACUUCUACUUUGGAAAAAAAAAAGAAAAAUUUUGCCUUAAGUCGUAUGUUUCCAUUUAUGCGCAGUAAAGCAGAUAGAUUGGAAUGUACUGGUACUGAUCAAGAUCAUUAUAUGCUUUGUUACACUCAUGAAGAUCCAACAUCAGAAGGUAUUAAUUUAAGCAGCAUUAGCAUAAUUGAACUACUUGUUGAAGAACCAACUUUGCCCUAUGAAUCUGUCAUUAAGAAAACGAUUAAUUAUAGUCGCCCUGUAAUUGUAGUUGGAAUUUACAAAGACAAAAUAAAUGAUCAUCUAAUAUCUGAGUAUCCAGAAGAGUUUGGAUCAUGUGUACCUCACACUUCAAGAGAAAUUCGUCAUGGCGAAGUUGAUGGUGUCCAUUACCAUUUCAUAAAAUCACGUGAACAAAUGGAACGUGACAUUAAAGACCAUUUAUUUAUAGAAGCUGGUCAGUUUAAUGACAAUUUAUAUGGAACUUCUUUAGCUUCAGUUCAAGAAGUUGCUGAACAAAAUAAACAUUGCAUCCUUGAUGUGAGUUCCAAUGCAAUUAAACGUUUACAAGCUGCUAACUUAUACCCUAUUACUAUAUUUAUUAGGGCAUCUUCUCUGGAUUUUAUAAUGAAUAUUAGUGAUAAAAUGACUGAAGAUCGUGCAAAGAAAAUUUAUGAUCAAGAAAUGAAAGUAGAACAAGAUUAUAGUGAAUAUUUAACAGCUAUUGUAAAAGGAGAUUCUUUUGAAGACAUUUUUGAAAAAGUAAAGAAUGUUAUUGAUGAACAUGGAGGUCCAGAUAUUUGGUUACCGAAUAAAGAUCAUAUUAUUUGAAAUAAAUGUUCUAAAUAGUAGUAUAUGUUAUAAUUAAAAAUAAUACUAAAUACAUCUUACUUAAACUUAUGAAGGUAUAUAAUAUCAAAAUUCAAUAAUUUGUUCUACAUAAUUUCACAAAAAUUACAGGAAAUUUACUGUAAUUACACGUCAUUAAAAAAAAAAACCGUUAUUUCUAUCACAUAGUUUAUUCCCGAUAAAUAUUGAUUUAUUUAAU